AUUAGGGUUUGUGUGGAAAGGGAUAUAUAUAUAUAUAUAUAUAUAUAUAUAUAUAUAUAUAUAUAUAUAUAUUGGAAAGAUGCUGUCGCUCUCGAAAUCCACGGAGACUUCUCCGACGUCUCCGGCCAAGGCUUCCGGCACUCGUUCCAAACUGUUCUCUGAUCUCUUCAAGACGGAUGGUGCCGUCCUCAAGGAUCGACCACCAGAGAAAUCAAGUUUCAAGGGCUGUCCAUCCAUCUCUUUCUCUAAGGAAGAUGUAGAGGUUUUCUCCCGUCGGUUCAGAUUUGCUCUCAUCGGUAGAUUUAGACGUCGCCCUCCACUUUCAGUCGUGAGGAGUUUUCUUACCCGGCUGGGACUUGUCGGGGGUUUCACGGUCGGAGAACUCAACUCUAAUGCGGUUCUUAUAAACUUUGAACAAGAUGAGGACUAUCAGCGCUUCUUCCUUCGGAAAACCUGGACGCUGGGAAGGGAUAUCAUGGUGGUGACUAAAUGGUCUCCAAACUUACGUCCGGAGGAGGACUCCCCUAUUGUUCCGGUCUGGAUCACUAUUCCCAACCUCCCUAUUCAUUUUCAUGAUCAGAAGGCACUCUUCUGCAUCACUUCAGCGUUGGGUAAACCCUUGAAAGUUGAUAACGCCACCCUUAACUUUGCUAAACCCAAAGCUGCUAGGGUUUGCAUUGAAGUUGACGUCUCUAAAUCUCUCCAUCAGCGUAUUCAUGUUAGACAUGUUGAUGAAGAUCUUUUCUUCCAGGUUCUUUAUGAGGAUCCCCCUUCUUUUUGCUCUUCUUGUCAUAGGCUAGGUCACACUUCUCUUUCAUGUAAACCGGAUAAGCUACAGGAUAAGCCCGUGGUGGAGUCCAUCCCCCCCAUGAAGGAUAAGGGCAAAGGGGUUUCUAAUGAUUGGACCACUAUUCAUCGUAAGGGCAAGUCUUUGAAAGCAAAGGUCACAUGGGUUCAGAAGCCCACCACAUUACAGGAAACUCCAUGCAUGCCUUGUCAUGAGGAUACUCCAUGCAUGCCAUGCCACGAGGAAACUUCUAAAGCUGGGGCUCGGCGUAGGCCGCAAGUUCAUUUCAUGGGGUCAAAGGAGGUGCUUUUUCUGGAUACCAAUGGCCUUGCCCAUUCCUCUUGUGAUCCUUCCAUUCCUGUGGUUGAGCCCACUUCUGAGCAGAAUGUCUCUCUUGAUUUGGAGAACUCAUGCACCUCAGAUCCCACAUCUGGUCAUAUUGGCAUGGACCUUCCUCUUUGUGAUCUCCAAGUUGAUAUCCCUGUCAAGAAGACUUCUUCUUCUGCUCCUCCUACUCCUCAGAGAAUUCGUACACGCUCAGACUAUAAAAGGGUCUUCUAUAAUGCUGGCUGGGCUGAUCAAUGGGACACCUUGUCCUUGCAUCACCUUGCCAAAGGAGGAAGUGAUCAUUGUCCUAUUCUCUUUAGCUCCAAGCCUGGUGUUAGGGAUGGUCCUAAAUCCUUUAGAUUUCAAAAUAUGUGGCUUUUAAGGGAUGACUUUAUUCAAUUUUGCAAGGAUAGUUGGGAGGAAGUUCUUGUCUUUGGUGGGAUGAGAUGUUUGUUUAAUAAACUCCAUCAUCUCAAGGCCAAACUCUCAUCUUGGAAUAAGGAUCAGUUUGGCAAUGUCUUUGAUAUGGUCAAAGAGGCAGAGGAGGAGGCUUCCAAGGCAGAAAUUCUCUUUGAAGAGAAUCCCUCUUCUGAAAAUAAAAUCCUCUACAACCAAAAGAAGGCCCAGCUUAUAGAGUUGACCAACAGGGAAUAUACUUUUUGGAAGCAAAAAUGUAAUCUUAAAUGGCUUCAAGAGGGGGAUGCUAAUACCAGAUUCUUCCAUAAUUUGGUGAGAAGUAGAAGAAGACAACAACGGAUUAAUCUGCUGGUUAAUGAUGAUGGCAAUAUCAUUGACAAGCCUGAAGAGAUGGAAAAGCUUGCUGUUCAUCAUUACACCAAUCUCCUGAACCAGGCAGAACCAACAGCUUCUCCUGAUAUUUAUAGGCAUUUUCUUGAUGCCAUCCCGUCGUUGAUUGAUCAUAGGCAGAAUGACUACCUUAUGUGUCUACCUACUGAAGAGGAAAUUAAAUUAAUCAUUUGGGAAAUGGAUCCUAAUUCAGCUGCUGGCCCAGAUGGUUUCAACAUUACAUUCUUAAAAUGUUGCUGGGAUUUUAUUAAAACUGAUGUGGUUUCUGCCUGCCAGGAGGUGUUCCUUGGUCUCCCUUUACCUCAAGCCGUUGUUUCCGCCAACAUUUGUCUCCUUCUCAAGGUGGAGAAUGCCAGGAAACUUCAUGAUUUUAGGCCAAUCUGUUUGUCAACAGUUGCCUCCAAAAUUGCUACAAAGUGUAUUGCAAAGAGGCUAAGUACUAUCCUCCCUCUCAUUAUUUCAGAAGAACAGGCUGCAUAUGUGCCCAGAAGGGAUAUUUUGGAUCAGAUCCUUAUCACUAAAGAAAUGGCUCAUCAUAUUAACAGGAAGGCUCAUGGUGGCAACCUAAUUAUUAAACUUGAUAUGGCUAAAGCAUUUGAUAAGCUAAGAUGGUCUUAUUUGUUUGAUAUCCUCAAGUCUUUUGGAUUUUCCUCCAGCUUUAUUCACAUGGUUAAUAAUCUUCUCUCCUCUUCCAAAUAUUCUGUCCUUUUUAAUGGAAAACCAUGUGGUUAUUUUGGUCAAUCUAGGGGGGUUAAACAAGGGGAUCCCCUCUCUCCCCUGUUGUUUAUUAUUGCCAGUGAAGGAUUUUCCAGGAAUCUCAACAAAUUGUUCAUUGAUGGCCUUAUUGAUAGGUUCAAUUGUGGCAGAAACUUUAUAUCCAUUUCCCACUUGUCAUACGCUGACGACAUUAUUAUUUUUACUUCUGGAAACUCCAGAUCUAUCCAUAAUCUCAAAAGCUUCCUUCAUAACUAUCAGUUGGUUUCUGGGCAGACCAUUAAUUAUGGGAAAAGCAAUUUCAUGUCUGGCUCCAAAAUCAACUCCUUAACUAUUACCAAGCUUGAGAGAUUAUUGAUGAUGCCUCAUAAGAGCUUUCCUUUCACCUAUCUUGGAGUGCCUAUUGAUUUGGGGAUUACAAGGAAGAGUCACUGCUCUCAUCUUAUCCAAUCUUUUGACAAUAAGCUUAAUGGUUGGUUUCAGAAGAAUUUGGAUCAGGCAGGACGAUUGGUGUUAAUCAAGCAUGUUUUAAACACUCUCCCAAAUUACUUCCUGGCUGCCAACACCAUUCCCAAAGCCAUUUCUCACUUGCUUGAGCAGAAAAUGGCCAGAUUCUGGUGGGGUGGUGGGGCUAGCAAACAUCACUGGAUUAGUUGGGAGAAGAUGUGCUAUCCUAUGGAAGAAGGUGGUCUUGGCAUUAGAGAUCUCAGAAGCCUAGAGAAAGCUUUUAGUCUCAAACUUUGGUGGAAAUUUUACCAAGACAGUGGGCUAUGGGCUAGGUUCAUGAGGGCCAAAUAUUGGAGGGAUGGUGAUAUCUUUGAGACUAUUACUGAUUCCCCUGUAUGGAAGAGGAUUUCUAGGGUUGAGGAGACUGCAUCCAAUGCAUGUAACUUCAAUGAAGAUGGUUCAAUGGUCUGGUCUCCUGAAGCCAAUGGUUCUUUUUCUCUCAAAUCUGCCUUUGAUCUCUGCAGACCGUCAACUUCUACAGUUGCUUCCUUUAAAUACCUUUGGAUGAAACCACAAAAUCGUAAGGUUGGGGUAUUCACUUGGAAACUUUUCAAACGCUGCCUUCCUAUACCUGAGAACCUCCAAAGAUUAGGGUUCCAUCUGCCAUCUAUCUGCCCUUUCUGUAUGGCAGAUUCUUUUAGCUCCAAACAUGUUUUUAUUGACUGCCCACGGAUUGAGGAAGUCUGGAAGUUCUUCUCAGCCUGCCUUGGUAUCCUACACAGCCCUUCGUCCUCCAUCAACCAGCAUUUUAUGAAUUGGUGGUUGAGAGGUAACAACAACAACAUAUAUGGUUUUUUACGUCUGCAUCUCCCAGGGAUUAUUUGCUGGCAUAUUUGGAAAGAACUUAAUGCUCUUCUUCAUGAAAACAAAGCUGCCUUCACCUCAAGCACUCUCAUAGACUCUAUUUCCAGGUUUGUGAGGCAAUGGCUCAAUGCAAAAUCCCCCAAAAAACUCAGGAUUGCUGAUCCAUGGCUUGCUGCAAACCAGUUACUGCCUUCCUUCCCUCAAGGGCCUAGAAUUCGUGUUGUUAAAUGGUUAGCUCCUCCUAGGGGGCGCCUGAAACUCAACAUUGAUGCAUCCUUCACUCCCAUGGCCAAGCGAGGUGCAGCUAUUCUGCGUGAUGAUGAAGGUAGAUUUGUGCGUGCAGCCUCGUUCUUGAUUUCUGGAUCCACUCCUUACCAGGCUGAACCAAGGGAUUAAAUGGGCCAUUUCCUUUCAUCCUCUUCUUGUUUAUGAAACUGAUGCCUUGGAAAUACUGAGAAGACUUGGCCAUUACUCUUAUUAUGCUUAUUCUCCUUUUCAGAUUGAUAUUCUGGCCAAACUGAUUCAUGAGAACGACAUUUGCAAGUCACAUAUUCUUCGGGAGGGUAACCAUCCUGCAGAUCUAUUAGCUAAGGAGGAUAGGG